GGGCCGAUCGAGCCAAAAACCCAUCUACUCGUUCACAACCCAUCUGCUCGUUCAUGCGACCGCGCGGGGCACCGUCCUCCUCGCCGAGUCGUCUCCACGGCACGGCGGUGACGGCAGCUGCAGGGGCCACGCGCCCACGCCCACGGUAUCGCGGGUUAACGAGGCACGCGGCGGCCGCCUCGCGAUUCGCACCCGCGGAAAGGAGCCAUCAAAACCGCGGGUCGGCUGCGGCCUGCGUGCCUGCGCUUUCGGUUCCUUUCCCCUGUUUGCGCUGUACUUUUCCUUCUCGCCGCCAGCGUCGCGUCGCGUGGGCGCGUGGGCUUCCGAUUCCAGGGGGAGAAAAAAAAAAGUACACCUUCCUGCGAAUCGCGGGGCGAAGAGCCGGCCCGGAGGCGGCCGGGGGGUUUGGGAGAUCAGCCAUGCGCACCAAGCACCUGAUACCCCACCACGCCGCCGGCUACACCUACGCCCGCGCGUACGCCACCACCGGCGGCGGCGGCGGGGACGGGGGAGAUGGAGGUGGAGGUGGCGACCCGUUCGAGCAGUUCCCCGAGGCGGUGCUCGGGCUGAUCGUGUCCAAGCUGCCCUUCAGGUCGGCGGUCGCCGCGUCGGCCAUCUCCCGCCGGUGGCGCGGCGUCGCGGCGGCCGCGCCGGCGCUGGACCUCGACUUCGCCGCGGCGUUCCCGGCCGCGCCGCGCCGCAGGGCGGCAUUCGCGGCCGCCGCCACGGCCGCGCUCUCGAGGCCGCACCACCCGCUCCGCCGCCUCCGCCUCGGCCUCGACGGCCUCUUCGACCAGGCCUUCGCCGCCUCCGCCGCCGACCACCUCGCCUCCUGGCUCGCCGCCGCCGCCGCGCGCGGGGUCGAGCAGUUGGAGCUGCACCUCCCCCGCUCCCGCCUCGCCCUCCUCCCGCCUUCCCUAAUCGCCUGCACCAACCUCACAUCCUUGACCCUUCGCCUCGACCACUACGCCCACCCUCUUCCGUCCCUCUGCUCGCUCACCCGCUUGUCCCGCCUCCACCUCGCCUCCAUUCCGCUUGCCGGCGACGACUUCUUUGCAGACCUCUUCUCGCACUGCAAACAGCUCCGCUACCUGAUCCUUGAACAAUGCCGCAUUGGUGCACUCUGCCUAGCCGGCACAACGCAGCUUUGCUCGCUUGCCAUCACGGAUUGUUCUUGGACUCCGCAGUCUUCUGUUGCCUUCUCUGACAUGCCAGCGUUGCGCACCCUCCACUACUUGGGUGCAAUGGCAACCAGACACAUUAUAGACAAUGUCGAUUCAUUAGAAGAGGUCGUUCUUGCCAUCAAGAAGCCGCAGGUCAAGCUCCAGGAGCCUAAUCUCAGAGAGCUUCUUUCUUUGGUUGGGAAUGUACAGAGCCUUAUGCUUUCACCUUGGUGCAUUGAGCAAUUUGCACGUCCUGAGGAGUGGUCCAAGGUGCGGCUAAACAAAGUGAGGCAGUUGUCAUGUAUAAUAGAGAGGAGAGAAGAAGGUGCUUCAUCCAUUGCCCCAUUGCUCGCAAAUUGUCAGAAUGUGGAAGAACUCUCUGUGUCUGUUGUGCCAUCGCAAUGCAAGCGGAGAUGGGGUAGCGAUGAUGGAGCAAACCAUUGGGUUAUGGGAGGUAAAGGGGUCGUGCUGAGGCAUCUCAGGGCAGUUAGGAUGGUGUACAUCGAUGAGAGCAAGAGUGGAUUGGAUCUUGUUAAGCUUCUGCUCAAGAACACACCAAUGUUAGAGAUGAUGACUAUUGUGCCUUCGAUGGAUGGCCUUGAGCAGGCAAAGUUCAGGCGCAGGGUAUUGAAGCUCAGAAAGGCCUCCCGAGAUGCUGACAUCCAGUUUUCUGCUACUGGAUGAUGAGAUGAUUCUGUUCUGUCAAUUUAUGAAGCCUCGUGAUGUAGUCCUGGAAGAAGUGACUUGCCUACCAUCCAUGAGGUUCUUCCGGUCUUAUUCUGGCUAAUUCUAACUAUUUAUAGAGUUGAUAAGCAUUUUCAUUUAUCGGCGAGCUCCAUUUAGCUUGGUAUACUUAUAAUUCCAUUUAGCUUCACCUUUAGAUAUACUUUUUUGUAUUUGUUGGAGACUGAUACUAAGUUUUAUAUUAGUUGGAUAUAUUAAUAAAUUUCCUCAAUGAAAUUGAGGAAAGCAUGCAGUACUUUAUGCAGACUUGCUGGAUUUUCUAUGGCAUAUAUUAGGAUGAGAUUAUCAUUUACGUUAAUUGUUGGCCCAUUUGAUCAAUAUAAAAGGAUUCUUAGAUAUGCUGUAAAAGCCAUUCAUGUAUCAAACAAACUGUUGUAUGUAAGCUUGUAUGAUUCAUGGAGUACCAUCAAUUAGUGGUAUUGUCA